AUGAGUAGACGAAGACUAGAGCUCUGGGGAAUUGUAUCGGGUGUUUUGUCUGAAGCCAUCGAAAAAGCAAAGUCAAGCCCUCUCGAUCGAGGGUUUUGGCUAUUGAGGGAAAAGAAAAUGUUGGAGGGUCCAAAGUUUACUGGAAUUAUGGGCAUAAACAAUAACCAAGACGAUUUCUCUCAGAACUUCUAUCGGAAGCUCAAUGAGGAUUCAAACAUGUCUGUUGAUAGUUAUGGGAGCUUGCAGAUGAGCAAUGGAGGAGGUUCUGUUGCCAUGUCAAUGGACAACAGCAGCGUUGGAUCAAAUGAUUCCCAUACACGCAUAUUAGGCCAUCAGGGCCUCAAGCAUGUGCGUGUUAAAAACUAUUCAGUAGCGGCAAGCGUCAAUCGUGGGCGAUCCCCUAAUGGACUGAGCAAUGAUGCAUUGGCUCAAGCUUUGAUGGACUCUCGAUAUCCAACUGAGGGUCUUGGAAAUUAUGAUGAGUGGACAAUUGACUUGAGGAAGCUUAACAUGGGGGACGCUUUUGCUCAGGGGGCUUUUGGUAAGCUCUACAAGGGUACAUAUAAUGGCGAGGAUGUUGCAAUUAAGCUUCUGGAGAGGCCAGAGAAUGAUGCAGAGAGGGCGCACUUGAUGGAGCAGCAGUUUCAGCAGGAGGUGAUGAUGCUGGCUACACUGAAGCAUCCAAACAUUGUUCGCUUCAUUGGCGCAUGCCGUAAACCCAUGGUCUGGUGUAUUGUGACCGAAUAUGCAAAGGGGGGUUCAGUGCGUCAGUUCUUGACUAAGCGAAUGAACCGAUCAGUGCCUUUGAAAUUGGCCGUAAAGCAGGCCUUGGAUGUGGCUAGGGGGAUGGAAUAUGUGCAUGGAUUAAAUUUGAUUCACCGAGACUUGAAAUCGGACAAUCUUCUAAUUGCUGCUGACAAGUCUAUUAAAAUUGCAGAUUUUGGGGUUGCCCGUAUUGAGGUGCAGACCGAAGGAAUGACACCAGAGACAGGGACAUACAGAUGGAUGGCCCCGGAAAUGAUCCAGCAUAGGCCUUAUACUCAGAAAGUUGAUGUGUACAGCUUUGGGAUUGUCUUGUGGGAACUUAUCACAGGGUUGCUUCCAUUCCAGAAUAUGACUGCUGUUCAGGCUGCAUUUGCUGUUGUCAACAAAGGCGUCCGUCCCAGUAUCCCCAACGACUGCCUUCCAGUUCUCAGUGAGAUCAUGACCCGUUGCUGGGAUGCUAAUCCUGAUGUUAGGCCCUCCUUCGGUGAUGUAGUCAGAAUGCUCGAGCAUGCAGAGACCGAGAUCAUGACAACUGUCAGAAAGGCCCGUUUCAGGUGCUGCAUGACUCAACCGAUGACUACAGAUUGA